CAUCACCUAAACCAAAUACAGCUCAUAAUCUCUUGCAAGAGAAGAGACUAGAAAUGGGUUAUCUAUAAUAUUCUCUCUCUCUCUCUCUCUCUCUCAUUUCACAACCUUUUUGUUUUCAUGCAUUUAACUUAGUACUUGAACUUGAUCACCUGCUCUCUCUAUAUCGCAUCUCUCUCCGCUGGCCUCCAAGAAUUAAAACAUAAGUCUUACUUAACUUACAUGUCUUAUUCAUGCCCGUAUCUAACCAAACACACAAAUUUAAUCUUUCCAUAUACCUCAUCGUCAAACUUUCCAUUUCAUACUCAACCACUCAAGCCAAGAAACCCCACGAAAAAAUCAAUUAAAAAAACAACCAUUUCUAUAACUAGCUAUAGCUCUCAAGAAACCAAAAUACCACUACUCUCUCCUCCAUAUUCACGUAUAUAUCCAACAAUAUUCGUGCAUUCAUUGAGCAUUUAUCCUAAAAAACCUAUUCAUCUUCUUUUUCUUUCAAGAACAUACUAGUCUACAUUUCACCAUUAUUACAUGCACCCCUCAUUAGAUUUUCCAUCAAAAUUUAACAAAUAAUACUAAGAUACCCAUCAAUGGAGACGCAUGUGAAGUCCCAACCCAACCAAGAGCUCUCUAUCUCAGCUCGUUCACUAUCAUCCUCAUCUUCUUCUUCAUCAUCACCAACAUCUUCUUCUUCUUGUUAUAAUGUUACUAUUGUUCCUCUUUCUUUCUCUCCUGUUCAGACAAAGCCUCAAGGAACCAGACCACCAUAUGAUCAUGGGACUAAUCAUGAUGAUGAUCAGUUGCUUGAAAAUGGAGAGGUGUACUCUAUGGCUGCUGGGUCAGCCAUUGAUAAUAUUGAAGAGCUGAGAUUCAUUGGCAUCAUGGGCAACGGUGGGAUGGAGUGGAAGAACGUGGAGGAAAGAUUCAAUCAGCUCGCCUUCACUCAGAAUAGUGGCCCUGAACCGCUCAUGAAAUGGUCAGAUUUCGGUAUUUGUAUAGGGAUGCAACAAUCCCCCGAAUUUGCUAAUGAGCUAUUAAGGGCACUAAGAGGAACAAGGGACUGGAAAUUUCAUAUCACAAAAUGUGAGCUUCACUGUUUCUGGUGUCGCAUGAUGGACCCCUCCUUCGAUUCAAGAAUACGAAUUUUCUUUGACAUGUGUGAUAGAGACAUGGAUGGAAGAAUUACUAAGAUGGAGAUUAAGCAGACUAUUUUGUUAAGUGCUUCCACCAAGAAGCUGUCUUUGACUCACGAGGAAGCAGAAUGCUAUGCCACUUUGAUCAUGGAAGUGCUUGACACUGAAAACCUCGGCUACAUUGAGCUAUCUCAAUUCAAGACUCUCUUUAAAGUAUACUUAUCAAGGGGCUCAAUUCAAAACAAUCAAUUAUCAAUCACACAUUCUCCUUAUCACAAUGACCCCUUUCAAGAACCAUUGUCAAAGGCCGAAGUACUAUUUCGAUCCUAUUGGCGACGUGCAUGGAUUGUUUUGCUUUGGUUAACCGUGUGCUUUGCUCUCUUUGCUUGGAAAUUCAUUCAAUACCGUCAUAGAACAGCUUUUGAAAUCAUGGGCUAUUGCCUCUCCACUGCCAAGGGUGCUGCGGAAACUUUAAAAUUCAACAUGGCUUUGAUUCUCCUACCUGUUUGCCGUAACACAGUUACAUGGCUUCGCAAACAUCGGUGGAUCAACUCCAUUGUUCCAUUUAACGACAAUAUCGACUGCCACAAGAUGAUUGCAGGAGCGAUAGUAAUAGGUGUGAUCCUACAUGGGGGUACACACCUUGCUUGUGAUUUCCCAAGAAUCAGUGAAUCAGACCAUACACUGUUCCGGCAAACAAUAGCUGCUGGAUUUGGGUACCAUCAACCAUCAUACAUUGAGAUAUUGUGCACUACAGAGGUGGCAACAGGAAUUGCAAUGGUCAUAUUAAUGACGAUCGCAUUUUCACUAGCAACAAAGUGGCCAAGACGCCAAUCACCUUCACUACCAAGGUCUGUCCGAAGGGUCACUGGAUAUAACACCUUUUGGUACUCGCACCACUUGUUCGUUCUUGUCUAUGCAUUGCUCAUUAUUCACUCCUUGUUCCUCUUCCUAACCGAUAAACUAAAUGAAAAAACGACGUGGAUGUACAUAGCCAUUCCCGUUUUAUUAUAUAUUGGUGAGCGAAUCUUUCGAGCCAUAAGAUCAGGGUUGUAUGAAGUGGAAAUUUUGAAGGCAAGUAUUUAUCCAGGAAAAGUUGUGUCCCUCAAAUUGCAAAAACCAGAAGGUUUUAAGUACCAUAGUGGCAUGUACAUAUUCAUUCAAUGCCCUCACAUUUCACCUUUUGAAUGGCAUCCAUUCUCUUUAACUUCAGGACCAGAAGAUGACUACCUAAGUGUGCAUAUUAGAACUCUUGGAGAUUGGAGUUAUAAUAUAUACAAUCUCUUCCAAGAGGCUAAAUUAUCUGGGCCAAAGGAGUGCCCAAGAAUAUACAUAGAUGGACCCUAUGGUGCUGCUUCUCAAGACCAUGUCAAAUAUGAUAUUGUCGUGCUAAUUGGCCUUGGCAUAGGAGCCACACCUUUUAUGAGCAUCCUCAAAGAUGUUGCUAACAGUAAUCCAAAGGCACAUUUUGAUCAUACUGGUUGCGGAGACUGUAGCAUAAAAAAAGGUCCAUUAAAAUCCUAUCUUUAUUGGAUUACAAGAGAACAAAGCUCCUUUGACUGGUUUAGAGAUGUCAUGAAGGAGAUAUCAAAUUCUAACCAACAGCAGUCCGUUAUAGAGAUGCAUAACUUCCUAACAAAUGUGCAUCAAGAAGGAGAUGUGCGAUCAGCAUUAAUAAGCGCAAUUCAAGCCUUGUAUCAUGCUAAGAAUGGAAUUGACUUUAUCUCCGGGACUCCGGGACACACACAUUUUGCCCGGCCAAACUGGUUUAACAUUUUCUCAAAAUUGGCUCGUCAACACAGAGGAACAAAGAUUGGGGUUUUCUACUGUGGGCCAUCAGCUUUAGCAAAAGAGUUGGAAAGGUUAUGCAUCAAAUUCUCCACCAAAACCUCUACUAGAUUUGUAUUUCACAAGGAGAACUAUUAAAUGUUUUCAUAACCACCCUAAUGGGUGUUGUACCAAUUCCACCAAUGACAAGGCCAUAAAAUGCCCUUAAGAUUGAAUUGUAUAUUAUCAUAAUAUGAUGCUCUCUCUCUUUCUCUCUCAUGCUGCUUUAGUGACUAUAAGACAAGCCCAUGCAGCUUCAACCAGAAGGAUUUUUUCAAAUAAAUUUAAAAAAUAACAAGAUGCUGUAAUUUGAGAGUUGCAGCUUGCAGGUGGUACAAGGGCAGAUAAGAAAUAUUGAAAUAAUCUAGUUUUGAGGAUUCUAAUUUUGGUUACAAUGCAUCGAAAAUGCAAAACUCAUUCUUCAGAAAAUGCAUUUUACAUAACUCGAAAAAAAUUGCUAAACUCCUCAAAAGUUGACUUGUAGCACCUAAUCAUCAAACUGAAAAUAUAAAAUGAUUAUGAAACAUUAUUGUCCAUUUAGGACCAAUGCCACCAAUCAAAGAAUAGACUCAUGCCAUUGACCUUAAAACUAAAGGACAUAGAGUUCUUAUUUUGUGUAACAAGUUAUAUAUAAAACAUUUCUGAAGAACAUGAGA